AUGAGUGCAUUUUCGGAGGAACAUAAUAGGUAAAGCAAAUUAAAUAUCGUAAUUUAAAGGGAUAAUUCAAAUGAGCCCCCGAGGAAAUAGGAGAACAACAAGAAAGUUCACGAGUAUCCAGAGGAUUGGCCUAUGAAUCAUUCGCCUAGAUUUACUCCUAUGCAAUAUUCGUAAUUGUUUCCUCAUAUUCCUCCUCCCUUGGAUCUUGAAAACAAAGGUAUUUCGGGAAUUUAAUGAGGUUUCAAUGACUAUGAUCCCUAGAAAUAUCUGAAUAGCGAUAAAAAGGGUCAAAGCAGCUAUGCAUUUCGAAAACAUUCAUAGGGAGAAGUUCCGCAAAUCGAUCAUAUGGAUGACGACCCACAUCGAAACCCGUAUGCUUUCGGUUACUAUCCGAUGAAAUACCCUCCAUAACCUAUGAUGAUGAAAUACCCCCCAGGUCAACAGUUCAUGGUCUCACCAUGGUAUCCACCGAGACCUCCUUAAUAAAUGAUGCCGCCUUAUUGUUACUACCCUCCUAUGUAUGAUGGUCUUCAAUGUCAGAAUACUGUUUCAAAGGAACUUCAAUCUAAAGUCUUUCAAUUAGUCUCAUAUCAAAAGGUUUCUGAUUUUCAGUGCAAUUGUAAAAAAAGUAAAUGCCUCAAACUUUAUUGUGAGUGUUUUGCCAAUAAUGGGGUAUGAUAUAACUUCCUAAAUUUUUACAACAAGGUGUGUUCACAGAGUUGUAAUUGCCAAGAUUGUAAAAAUAGAAUAGAUAAUCCUCAAGAGAGAUCAAAAGCAAUAGAAGAAGCCUUGUUACGAAAUGCUGAUGCAUUUGUGCAAUGUUUUUCAACCAAGGGAGGUGCGCAAUUCGUUCAAUAAGGUAUAUUGUUUUGUAAUCGAAGAUAAACCACUUAAAGAGCCAUCAAAGGACAACUCCAGUGUCAUUCGGAAAGGAUGUAAUUGCAAAAAGUCUGGAUGCAAAAAAAAGUAUUGUGAAUGUUACAGUCAAAACAUCAGAUGUAACGAACUUUGUAAAUGUGAACAUUGUUUAAAUAAGACUGAUGCUGAAAUAUAGGCUCAACAAGAUCUAGGUCAAGAGGGUCUCUAUAAUUUGAGCAAAGGCAAUCAAAAAUAAAAAAAAGUAAAAUUGGAGAAACAUGAGGAAAAAAGCGAUUCUCCUAUUGUUCAAUUGGAAAUCAAUCUAAAGAAGAAUAAUCAACAUAAGGUGAAGAAACAAGAGAACAAUUGAAC